AUGAAGAUUAGUUUAUCCCUUUUGCUUGUCAGCUUGGCAUCCACUGGUGCCUUUGUGGUCCAGCCGCAACCUCGAUCAUCCACCAGUAGUAAUGUGGUGCUCCAAGCCAGUCGCAAGGCACAGAAGAUUGCUUCUCGUACCAAAUGGGUCGAAGCUAGAGGGGGCAUGACCGAGGCUCCCUCGGAUAGUGCUGCUGCUGGAUUGAUGACCAAUGAGCAUGGAUUGGAAUACGUCAAGCUCGUCCACCCUGAUACUGGAGCUACCUCGGAGGUGUACUUGUACGGUGGUGUCGUCACUUCCUACGUGGAUGGAGACGGAACUGAGUUCAUUGCAGUCCGACCUGAUGCCAAGACCGAUGGAUCCAAGCCCAUCAGUGGAGGUCUUUCUCACUGCUGGCCUCAGUUCGGACCCGGUGAAAUCCAACAACACGGUUUUGCCCGCAAUGUUGACUGGACUGUCAAGUCCAUGACGGACACUUCGGUGGAAAUGGAAUUGGCUCCUUCCGACUACUCCAAGGAAAUGUGGGACAAGCAAUUCUUGUGCACAUUCAGUGUAGACUUGGAAGCCGACCAGCUUUCGACCAAAAUGUUGGUGGAAAACAAGGGAGAGGAAGCCUUUGACUUUCAGGCGGCCCUUCACUCCUACUUUACCGUUUCGGGACUCGACAACUUGGAAAUUGCUGGAUCCUUUGAAGGCAAGGAAUUCUUGAACAAGAUGGUGGGAGACGAAGGUGAAAUGCAAACCGAAGAUCGUAGUGCCAUUACCAUCUCGGAGGAAUACGACCGUGUCUACAAGGGCGUCAACGACCCUGUCUUGAAUGACAAGGGAACUGGCAAGUCGCUCUCGGUUCUGAACACUGCUGGAUGGGAAGACACAGUUCUCUGGAACCCCUACGGUGACGAAGGAAUGGGAUACAACAACUUUGUCUGCGUGGAGAGUGUCAAGUUUGACCCUGUGACUGUGGAAGGUGGAGCAAGCUGGACUGGUGACAUGGCCCUCAAGCCAGGCUCCCUUUAA